AAUUCGCAACCAAAACUGAAUUACCAUUUCUUGGCUGGUAUCCUCUCCAAUGGGAAAAUGAUUCGAUGGACUAUUGGAUUACGUACGUUUAUCAGGUCAUCGGCAUUUUUAUUGAGAUCAAUUUAAAUGUUACGAUGGAAUUGUUUCCGAGCUAUUUGAUGCAUAUGCUGAGCAUUCAAAUGGAAAUUUUGGGUAUGCGAUUGGAGGGAAUGUCGACAACCGUAUGCGAUAUCGGUGGGCUGGCUAAGAACAUAAGUAUUAAGACCGAGGGGCAGCAAAGUAUCGUUGAGAAAAUGGUGAAAUAUUUGAAACUACACCAGGAGAUGGAUGAGCCAAAGACUGGCAUGCAAGUGACAUCACCCCGCGAAAACUUCAUACAAUAUUGCUUCUUCAUCAGUUUCUUGACGGGUGUAGUUGUACAAAUAUUUUUACCUUGCUAUUUCGGCAACGAAAUAAUGUUGACAAGCAACGCCUUAUCGAAUUCGGUGUAUUCGUCGUCAUGGCACUCAUUCUCAUUAAAAUAUCGUAAAUUGGUGAUGAUUUUCAUGGAGCGUUUGAAGCGUACCAGACAACUUUUGGUUGGCAAACUAUUCCCAUUGAGUCUGGAUACAUUUACGUCGGUAAGAAAAAUUUGAAAAGUUUUUUUUAAAUUAAAUUAA